AUGGGUGGCUAUUUUUCUCAGCAAUGUCUCAGCGAAACAACUGAUUUUGAAUUCCCCGUGGAGAUCACCAAGGUCACACAGAAUAAUGUCAGAAUGAUCAUCUAUGAGUUCCUCCAACAGAUCUUCCAACUAUUUAGCAAAAAUCUCCCUGUUGGCACCUGGAAUACAAGCCAGAUUGAGAAAUUCCAAAAUGGAAUUUAUCAUCAAAUUGAAGAAUUAGAGAUAUGUUUGUCAGAAGAGCAAUCAAGAGCAAGAAACAGCUUUCAAACGUGGAUCCUAAAAAGCACUACAUUCAGCGUGAAAAAGUACUUCCAAAUAAUCACCAAUUUCCUAAAAGAUAAGCAGUACAGUCACUGUUCCUGGGAAGCAGUCCGAAUGGAAUUGAGAACAUGCCUUAUAAUUUUUGACAGGCUUAUGAAAAAACACAUGUCAUAA